AUGACCAUGGAAGCUACUGAAAAUAAUGAAGACUCACGUAGGCCAGAUCCCAAUUCGAACGGAUUGAGACUCUUCAAGGCACCGACAUUCAACAUAGAGCAACUGCCCUUCGAAAUCCUCGCGCAUAUAUUCCAGUUAUACGUGAUUGAAGAUAAGCAGGAACGAACAGCCUCCAGCGUCCGUCCUAAUGGCGCCUUUCCUCUAGGAUCAGUAUGCCGCACCUGGCGUCGUGUUGCAUGGACGAGUCAGCAUUUGUGGUCGUCGUUGUCCUUCUGGAUGAGGAAGGAGACAACGGAGAACCAGAUUCAACUUGCCAUCGAGUGGCUUGGACGUGCAUGUCAGCAUCCACUAGAGAUCUCUCUUCAAGGAUACAUCGAAGAAGACUUAAGUUUGGAUUCUCGUUCUCAGCAAAACUUCGUGGCAAUCCUUUCCCCUCUGAUUGACGCUAUCGGCCGCUCCCUGGACCGGUGUAAUCGUCUCGAGCUCCUCAAUCUUCCUUCGUCAACAUAUGCACGACUAACGCUUUCGGGAAAGCCACCUGUUGCGCUGCAGUAUCUGACGCUUAGAUGUGCCGACCCCAUUGCUCGGUUGGAUCUUGCCCUGGCCGCGCCCGUCUUCCUACAGCUGGAAGGUAUCCCUAUGGACUGCCUCAGCAUAGACUAUGCCAACCUUACGGAGUUCUCGGUAUCUGAGAUACCCAUCAAUCAAGUUCAACAAGUACUCGCAGGUGCACCUCGAUUAGUGAAAUGCUACCUAAUGGACAUCGACGACACUGAUGAUGAAGAAUGGGAACGCAAGUCCGUCGUAUGUCGUGAGAUGACAGAACUACGUGCUUGCCCGAUGUACUAUCACAACGACGUUGUUGCAGACCUUCUACGGUCAAUUACCUGUCCCAGUCUGAGGGUGUUCAGUGUUGUGGACCAUGUCAGCCUCAACCUCCACACAUUGAUAGGCUUCCUGCUCCGGUCUAGUUGCCCCUUGACCCAUCUUACCAUAGGAGAAGAAAACACUACAUGCGAGGAUCUCGUCCGAAUUGCAACUGCACUCCCGUCACUUACGUUCCUGUCGCUUACAAAAUAUGAAGAGGCUGCUGUGGCUCUGAGAUCGUCAUCAUCGGUGAAUUCAUUCUGUCAUACGCUCUGCUUGGACGAGCGAUACCAUACCGUCUCCGAUGUCGAUUCUGUCAAUCAGAAAAACUCAAUGCCUGUGAUGCUCCCGGGUUUGAGACAUCUUCUGAUCGAGACGCGCAGUCUAUUUUCGUGGGAGUAUCUCCCCGGUCUUCGAUCUAGAUAUUGUUACGAGGCAAAUGGCACACGCUUGAGGGAGGAGAUGGGUCGGUCCGCCCUGGAGUCAAUCUCAAUAAUUUAUGAGCACCCGGAUCGAGGGUACGAUGGCAGGGACUCAGACAUACACCACAAAAUUCACGUUGACGAGAGCGACAGCGAGAAAUAUCUGAUUCAAAACUGGGAUACAUUCUCUCAACUUGUGAAACUUAGCGGUGAAAUUCGUCUGGAUCUCCAGGUAGAGCGGGGUUUCUGGAGGGAACAUUUAUUUGCCCUGUCGUAUACAGCGCUUAAACGUACUAGUGGCAGACCUCCAGAGGAUGUAAAGCAGUUCAUGUGUAGCAGGACUUGGGCUCCGCAGAGACUCACUUGA